AUGCAUGCUUACGGAGCAGUAGUAUACGUUAAGGUGGCAGGUCAAGCAACAACGCACUCGAACAUUCAUCUUCUAGUCUCAAAAACAAGGGUGUCUCCACUUAAGUCUAAGCUAACUCUUCCAAGAUUGGAACUAAUGGGAGCUCUUGUCGCUGCAAGGCUAGUACACUACGUCAGAACAGCCCUAUAUGACUGUACAGUGGACAGCCACUUCUGGACAGACUCGACCAUAGCUCUUGGAUGGAUUCGGCAGGACCCAUCUCGGUGGAGCACAUUCGUAGCAAACAGGGUUGCUGAAAUUCGGUCUCUAACCGACCCUGGCUUGUGGAGACACUGCACCGGAGACUCUAACCCAGCAGACUUACUGACCAGAGGUGUUUCAGCGCAGCGUCUAGUGGCGGAAGAAUUGUGGUGGCAUGGUCCGCCGUGGCUUAAAAGCGACCCUUCUGAAUGGCCAAUGGAUGCUUCAAGCGGGCAAGACGUCGAAGACGAGGUCCGAAAAGCUCCACCAAAAGGCCAAACAAGUGUCCAGUUGCUUACAAAAUCAGCGGAAGACAUCAUUGAUCUUCCGAAGUACAGUUCGUUGGACAAACUUUUGUUUGUGACGUCAUAUAUCCUACGGUUUGUCAACAAUGUUAAGAACCCAAGACAGAGGAUUGCUGGAGCGCUCUCCUCCAGUGAGAUACAGGUUGCGAAGUUAAAAUGGAUACGUAGAGUGCAAGGAGAAGUUUAUCAGAUCAAAAUCGAAAAUGGGCAAACUGCAUCCCCGAUGCUGAAAGAUCUUCAGUUUUUCAUCGACGAUGAAGGAAUUCUCCGAGCGAAAGGUCGUCUUCAGCAUAUAAAUGACGAAGAGCGUAUCAAGCAUCCCAUCAUCUUACCCAGCGAUCAUCAUUUCACAACGCUCGUAGUAAUGAAAGCUCAUGACAGGGUCUUACAUGGAGGAGUGCUGAGCACUCUCGCUGAACUGCGUGAGGAAUUCUGUGUGCAAAGAGACCGCCAAACAGUGAAGCGCGUUAUAAGCAGGUGUGCUCUGCUGCGCCAGAUACAGAGCUAA